UUUAUAGAUAUUUCUUCUUUGGUUUGAAUUUUGUUUUACUGUAAACACACUAGAAGUGUAGAAACAGCUUGAAGAUCUGUCUAAUAUGUUCAUAUUUAGACUCCAACAUUUCGUCUGUUACCUCUACUACAACAUACUCCUUCAUGUAUUUUUCUGUAACCGUUAGAGUCAGUAUUUCCUCCACAGGUAUGACAUUCACUGUCAGAAAGAUGUAAAACCAUUUUUCUCAUGAAACUGCUGCUGCUUGUGCUAUUCAUUAGGAUUCAUCAUCGAACACUUUCUUAAUUUCUUGGUAUUUGUGGUGGAGGUUUUUUUUGUUUGCUUGUUGAAAACAUGGGUCAGAUUUUGAAAAAAGAAGUGUAGAGCGCUUCUCCACCAUCAGAGCUGAGCUUGGACUUCCUGUGAGGUACUUGGUGCUUGUGGGAUUUUAUCAGGUGUCAUAUUGGCUGAAGUCAGCAUUUGAGAGAGGAAGUGUAGAGGACCAAACUGUGCCAAUAAAACAGGAAAUAUAAAACAGAUCUUCGUCAGUCCCAUCAGAGCUGAGCUGCUUUCAGACGACUCCGUCUUGUUGUGGAUGCUGAAGCUGAUCAUGGUUCUCCUGUGGAUGAUCCUGUUGGUGGUUCUGCUCUGUGCAGAGGCCGAGAACAUGACUGAGGUCAGAGGAGAGCUGGGGACCAAUGUCACUCUAACCUGCUCCAAUCAGACAUCAGACACACACUGGUACAUGGAGAUCCACAGUCACUUCACAGCAUGUAUUGGUUAUUAUUCCUCAGGAAGCUCUACCUACUGCUCUCCUGGUUUUGAAACCAAAUUUUCAAUCCUGGGAAACAAACUCGUGAUUAAAAACUUGACAGCAGAGGACUGCAGGCUUUACUUCUGUGACAUCAAGAAAAAUGGCAGUAAUCAGUUUGUGGAAACUUUCCACCUUGUCUCAGAUCUGCUGACCAACAACCCACAGAAUGACAACACCAUGAGUCAGUUCAGUAUCACGAUCAUCUUAUAUAUAUCCGUCUCUGUUGCCCUGAUCAUUCUAGUCCUGGGCGGGGUAAUGAUACUGCUGUGUUUGAGGAGGAACAACAAAAGCAAACAGCUGGAAGAUCCUUCAGCUCCCAUCUAUGAGAAUGUAGUGACACUGCAUGCUUUCCAGGGUAAGGCAAUCAACUCUCAGCCAGCAAAACAUCACUGAAAACUCGAAAGACUGCUUUAACCUUCAUCAGAAGUUGGAGAGAGAGAUUUUCUGAACAUUUGUUGUUGUUAUUGUUGUUGUUUAAAUUGGCUAACAUUUAACUAGAAAAAUAAAAAUAUUAAUGCAUGUUUCUUUUCUGUAGCAAAUACAUUGCCUCACAUUAAUGUAUAUUCAGCACUGUUAGAAAAUAUAUGAUGCAAACCUUUAAAUUUAUAUGAAAAUGAUAUAAGCCAAAGCUUUUCACACAUUUUGAGUAAGAAACUUUGAAACCCUAUAAAGCUGGGAUUUGAAGGCAGGCUGUUUGCACUUUUGGCAGUAAUGUGAGGAGGUAGUAAUAUUUGUAAUAGUAACAGGCAUUUUACAGAAUACUAUAUAGAGUAACAGCUAGUAGUAGAAGACUAAUAGCAAUGGCAGAAGUACAAACAUAUUUACAGCUAAAAAUUCAGGUAGUAAUAAUAGUAGUAGUAACCUAGUAAUAGAUGUAGUAAUGGUUAUGUUUUUGGUAAUGCUAAUAGUGGCAGUGCUAAAUGGGGUAGCUGUAGAACUUUACACAGCACUACUUAUAAUUCUAGAAAGAACUGGAAAUUUUAAGUAAAAAUGCUGAUGCUUGUUUCUAUUGUUUCUGCAAAGAUUACUCCAAACUGAAAAAAUAAAG